UCUCUCAUCUCUUUCUCUCUCUUUGUGCAACAUUCCUUCUUGGUGGGUAGCUGAUAGCCUGAUCAAACUGCUACUGCUGCAGCUGUUGCUCUCUCUUUCCUUCUCUCUCUAAGCUUUCAUGGCGUCUAUGAUGGACUCCACCUGGUGGAUGCUGGCCAUCCCCUUGUCGUUCACCAGCUCCCCGCUCUCCCUCACUACCCAAUUCCUCAUCCUCUUCCUUGCCUUUGUUGCUCUUGCUCUCUUCUUCCCUCCCGGCGGACUGGCGUGGUCCCUCCGCCGCUCGCCUCUCCGCGGCCCCGCCGGCAUCCCGCUAUUCGGCUGCCUGCCCGUCAUGGCAUCCGCCACCCCGCACCGCUGGCUCUCUGCCACCGCUCGCUCCCUCUCCGCUCUCGACGUCAUGUCCUUCAGCGUGGGCCUCACCCGCGUUGUUGUCUCGAGCUCGCCGGAGACCGCGAGGGAGAUCCUGUGUAGCCCGGCCUUUGCUGACCGCCCGCCUAAGGAGUCGGCCUAUGAGCUCCUCUUCCACCGGGCUAUGGGGUUCGCUCCCUACGGAGACUACUGGCGCAACCUCCGCCGCAUCGCCGCCUCCCACUUCUUCAGUCGGCGGAGGAUCGAAGCAGCCGCCGGGGGCCGCCGAGCCAUCGGCGAGAAGAUGGUGGCGGAGGUUCUGGCGUCCACGGGCGCCAAUGGUGAUGUUAAAUUGAGAAGAAUUCUGCACCUGGGGUCCCUAAACCACGUCAUGUGGACGGUCUUUGGGCGGACUUUUGAGUUCUCCGGCAGCAGCGGUGAGGGCCGGCGACUGGCAGAGAUGGUGGAGGAAGGGUACGAGCUGCUGGGGGUGCUUAACUGGGGCGACCACCUUCCAUUCCUGAGGUGGUUGGAUCUGCAGGGAGUGAGAAGGCGUUGCCAGAAAUUAGUUUCUCAGGUGAACGAGUUCGUCGGAAAAAUCAUUGAGGAACACAGAGACAAGGGGAGAACAAUGAAGAGUGGUGAUGAAGAUGAUGGUGAUUUUGUGGAUGCUUUACUUGGUUCACAGGAAGAGAACAGGUUAACUGACUCUGAUAUGAUUGCUGUUCUCUGGGAGAUGAUCUUCCGUGGCACAGACACAGUGGCCAUCCUGUUGGAGUGGGUCAUGGCGCGCAUGGUCCUGCACCCAGAGGUACAGAGGCGAGCGCAAUCGGAGAUCGACUCUGUAGUUGGCAGAGGCAGAGGGGUGUGGGAUUCAGACCUGCCCAAACUCAGCUACCUCCAAGCCAUUGUCAAGGAGGCGCUCAGGAUGCACCCACCCGGCCCCCUCCUCUCCUGGGCUCGCCUCGCCAUCCACGACGUCGACGUCGGCGGCCAACAUAUUCCCGUCGGCACGACUGCCAUGGUGAAUAUGUGGGCUAUCACACACGACGAGCAUAUCUGGGAGAGGCCGGAGGUAUUCAAUCCCGACAGGUUCAUGGCCGGAGAAGAAGUGAGCGUUCUCGGCACCGAUCUGAGGCUGGCGCCAUUCGGCGCCGGCCGGCGAGUUUGUCCAGGGAAAGCCAUGGGUUUAGCUAGCAUUCAUCUGUGGCUAGCUCAGUUGCUUCAGAACUAUGAGUGGCUUCCUGGUGCACCCACCGUUGAUCUCUCAGAAUGUCUCAAAAUGUCCAUGGAGAUGAAGAACCCUCUGGUCUGCAGGGUGAAGCCCAGGACUGCUACUGUUGGUGUUUGAUCUUAAGAUGGGCUGUUCGAUUUCCCUCUCAUAUAGCUCUCUUAAGUCCUGGUUCUUAGGGUGGUAGAGGAGACAUCAGCCUCCUAAUUUUGCAACGUACAUAAGCAGCUCUGUUAUAGCUCCUCUUCUGUUAAUUUAUCCACGUUAUGACUUGGUUAGGUUUGAUAUAUCUUAUAGCUAGAAGUCUAUAUAUGUGAUCCUAAAAGUUUGUACUGAACACUGCUUUUUAUGUAUGUAUGAUCGAGGGAUAUCUGUUCAUAUUUGGCCUUUAUCUCCUUUUACAUCUGUUUGGC